UUCAACGCGGGACACGGGACUUCACUGCAGGAAACUGCCUGUCGAUCACUUUCGCAAGGGAGAAGAACCUCGGGCCGCAGACUAAGAACUUCUAUGGAGAAUAUGAAUCAAAAGGCAACAACAAAUAAGGAACAGAAGAAAAACCCUGAAACUGCUGUAGAAAAUCCCAUGCCUGAUAAUCUCCGCAAAUAUGAUAGCUCCUCUAAAACUGAGGUCAAUGAAGCAUGUUCAAACUGUAAAGCUAAGGAUGCCUGCGGGGAUGUGAACAUGGAAGCCACCAUAAGUGCUGAUGAUGUUGCUCGUGCAGGAGGAUUCGGAGCCCGAGAUGAUAUUGGAAGCUUCCUUCCAGUUGCAGCAGACUCGACUGAUUUUGAAGCUUCUCUUCUUGAUGCUCGGGAUUUUGAAGAGCCUCAGGGGGAGAAAAGGAGACCAGGUCUUGGAUGGACUGAAUCCAUGGAGAUAGAAUAGCUAGCGCAGACUUGUCUGGUAAAACUUUAUCAAAUUAAUGAAUCAUUUCAAGCAGGUUGUUGGAUUAAUGUGCUGUUAUUUACGGAUAAGAACACGCAUUUGGAAUAUUAUGCAACUGAGGUGUGAAUUUCUUUUCUGGACUAGUAGUUUGAUGUAUAAUUAAAGGUUUUGCUAUAAAUAGUCGAUUUUAGUAGUUGUUUUUGCUUAUUAGUCACCAUUGCUACUGUUUGGGCGUUAUUUCC